AUCGUCAACGUCAUGACUGACAGGAAGGCCGUCAUCAAGAACGCUGACAUGUCCGAGGACAUGCAGCAGGACGCGGUGGACUGCGCAACGCAGGCCAUGGAGAAGUACAACAUCGAGAAGGACAUCGCUGCCUACAUCAAAAAGGAAUUUGACAAAAAGUACAACCCCACCUGGCACUGCAUUGUGGGUCGCAACUUUGGCAGCUACGUGACUCAUGAGACUAAACAUUUCAUCUACUUCUACUUGGGCCAAGUCGCCAUCCUGCUCUUCAAGUCUGGCUGA